AUGGCAGAUGGGGAUAACGGCGGCACUAGUAACGAAGUUUUCGAUGCAGAAAUGGACAAUGACAACAGCGUGAACACGGUCAGUGAGGAGCUGUCUAGGUUCAGCUCCCAGUCGGACUCCCAAAGCUCUUCUUGUACAAGUAUAACCAAUCCAUUCUACGACGGCCCGCCAAAUAUAAAUGAAAGGAAGGAUGAAGGUGUUCAGGGUAAUCGUAGGACUUCUGGAAGUUCACAUCGACGGAAGAACACGGCUGAUGAUCUAACAGCCGCAGGUUCCAUGAGUCAGGGAAGCGCGGCUUCUAGUAGCAGGUCUGGUUCGGAUGUGACGGAGGAGAAGAUUCAACAACGUGUGAUUAUUUUUUGGGAUCUGGGAUAUUUGGUGACUUGUGCGGGUCUUCUUCAGUUUGUCCAGUUGGUGAUGACCUCUGCUACGUUGGUCUGUUUGGUCAGUGCUGGCAAAUCUGACGGUGGUCUGCUCAACCUUCCACUCAGCUGGCACUUCCGUAUCAUGAUUUUUGUCAUUGUCCUGACGCUGCUGGUGACCUUGGCUAUAUUCCUGGGAAAUUUGACCUCAUUAAUUACUGUCUUUGGAUUUGAAUGGACAUUUUUUGACAUGGUCGUCUAUGGAUUGUUUGCCUUCCUGUACCUGGUGGGGUCAUCCUUGGUUGCCAGCGCCUUCGACUUCUACCAAAAGAUGAAGACCGAUGUCUCCAUUGAGACAAUCAAUCAGCUUGUCACUUCAGUGAUCUUGGGUUACAUCUGCAUGCUGUUGAACGGAAUAACAUCUUUCAUGAGUUACAGAAAGUGGAAAAUCCAGUAUCGAUUGUAUCAGAGAAGAAAACUCAUAGAAGAGGAUGAGAUAGAUCUUUGA